AUGAAUCCCCUUAGACGAAGUCUCAAUUCGCAACCGUCGUCGUCGAAUUCCUCUCCUUCGUCGUCGUCGUCGCAAUCGUCGUCGUCCACCUCCUCGUGGAUCCAUUUGCGAUCGGUUCUAUUCGUUGUCACUUCUUCCUCACCUGCUUCUUGUUCGUCCUCUGAUCGGGGUCGUCUUAAAUCACCAUGGUCACGGAGGAAAAGGAAACAUGUCCUUUCACCUCAGCAAUGGAAAAGCUUGUUUACCCAAGAUGGGAGAAUUAGGGAUGGUGGAAUUAAGUUCCUGAAAAGAGUUCGCAGCGGAGGUGUUGAUCCUAGUAUUAGAGCUGAGGUUUGGCCAUUCCUACUUGGAGUCUAUGACUUAGAUAGUACCAAAGAAGAAAGAGAUGUUAUAAGAACUCAAAAUAGAAAGGAGUAUGAGAAACUUCGCAGACAGUGCCGGCAACUGCUAAAGCACAAUAAUGGGAGCUUUAAGUUAAAUGAAAUAGGUGAAAUUAGCUAUGAAGGGGAUGGUGGAAGUCUUAUCCAAGAUUAUGGUUCCCCUAGUUCUGAAGAUGCAACAAGUGCCAGAGAAUCUCUUUCCAGUGAGGAACACAGUCCAGAUGCUGAAUAUUCAGAUGAUCCAUCUAGUGCCCUGUUGGAAGGAGAUGAUGCUCCAAACAUCAGCAAUGCUGAUAUCUCUGCACUGGAUACCGAUUCCACUGAUUCAGACUCCUCAGAUGGGCCUGAGAUGAUUCAGACAUUUCCUUCUAAUGAUGGCCAGGAAGAUAACAAUUCCAAGACACCCAAGGAAAAUUCCUCUCCCUCUUUAAUGAAAGUUCCAUCAAAACUAUGGACUAAUGAAGAUUUUGCCACAUGGCAAAGGAUCAUCCGACUUGAUGCAGUACGUGCCAAUGGGGAAUGGAUGCCAUACUCCCCUUCUCAAGCCAUUGUACCAGACAGUAGGGCAAAUCGUUCUGCUGAAGCUGUUGGAUUGAAGGAUUAUGGUCACCUUGAUGCCAGCAGAAUCUUUCAUGCUGCCCGAUUGGUUGCAAUUCUCGAAGCAUAUGCUUUAUACGACCCUGAAAUUGGAUAUUGCCAGGGUAUGAGUGACCUGCUAUCCCCUAUAGUUAGUGUUAUACCAGAAGAUCAUGAGGCUUUCUGGUGUUUUGUUGGAUUCAUGAGAAAAGCUCGGCAAAAUUUCAGGCUUGAUGAGGUGGGUAUUAGGAGGCAACUUGAUAUAGUUGCAAAAAUUAUCAAGUUCAAGGAUGGCCACCUGUUUAGGCAUCUGCAGAAGCUGCAGGCCGAGGAUUGUUUUUUUGUGUAUAGGAUGGUGGUGGUAUUGUUUAGAAGGGAGUUGACAUUUGAGCAGACACUUUGUCUUUGGGAAGUAAUGUGGGCAGAUCAAGCAGCAAUACGAGCAGGUAUUGGGAAAUCUGCAUGGAGCAGAAUUAGGCAGCGAGCUCCACCGACAGACGAUUUAUUGCUUUACGCAAUAGCAGCUUCAGUUUUACAGAGGAGAAAGUUGAUUAUUGAGAAGUAUAGCAGCAUGGAUGAGAUCAUUAAGGAAUGCAAUGGCAUGGCUGGACACCUUGAUGUUUGGAAGCUGCUAGAUGACGCCCAUAACUUGGUUGUCACCCUUCAUGACAAAAUGAAAAUAGAGGCAUCAUUCCGCUGA